UCAAAGUUCAGUCACUUUCCCCUGUUUGCUCCUUCCAUGGCCUUCGUCCUCCUCCUCUCUACGGCGUCAGUUCCGACGCUGGUCUAACCGCCGUUCACGGUCACCCGUGACCGGUGUCGCCGCCGCUCAUCCCUCUAAACCCCCAGCCCCUUUUUCGUCGAGCUGCUGCUCUGUCUGCCAGGAAUCGACUGAAUUGAUCUUUUUUCCAAUUGACUGAGGAAUGGCAAAUGCGUUGCUCAGCCGUUUACAAUCUUACUGGGAAUCAGUCUGCUAGAGACGGUGCUGGCCAUGGUGGCGCCGCAGGUCGAGCUCCUCGUCCCCCAGUCGCCGCCGAAUUCCCGUCGGUAACAACUAACAAGCCUUGAGCAAUCUCGACGGCCUGGGGGGCGUUCCCUGGUAGCGCGGCCUUUGGGGGUUACGGAUCCAUGGCGGGCGGCGACAGCUUGGGCUGCUGCGGCGGCCUUCUUCGUGGUUUCUGCGGCCUUGCUCAGGUCUUCCUGCCUCCUCAUGGGCGUCCAUCUGCUGGAAUCCUCGCCAACAAGCCGGACGAUCUGUGCUCGACUUCUUCUCAGGCUGGGAGGACGGGGCCGCCGCGGGAUGUGGAGAUCAGCCCCGGCUCUUCCGGAGUGGCGAGGGAGCUGCGUUUUUAUAAUCGGGAGGACGAAUUGUCCCCCGUGGCCAGGAACCCGCCGGCGGCGGCGGGCGAUCUGUGCUCGAGUUCUUUUUCUCAGCUUUGGAGGACGGGGUCGCCGCGGGAUGUGGAGGUCAGCUCCGACAUGGAGGAGUCUCCCCGAGUGGACAGGGAGCUGCUUUUUGAUGAUCAGGAGGAGGACUUGUCCCCCGUGUCGAGGAACUCGCCGGCGAUGGCGGGCGAUCUGUGCUCGCGUUCUUCUAUGGUUGGGUUGACAUCGUGGGAUAUGGAGAUGAUAAUGGCCGAGACAGAGUACUCUGUCCCAGUGGCACGGGAGCUGCGUUUUGCUGGUCAGGAGGAGGGCUUGCCCCCACUGGCCAGGGAUUCGCCGGCGGAGGCGCCACCGCAACCGAAAGACAUGGCUGGUGGCGUUGAAGACGAAGACGACGACGACGAUGACUGUGUGAUUUUAGACAGUGAUCCUUUUAGCGCGGUCACCGUCAAUGAUGAGAAGGAUGGCGGCUCGGAUGAGGAAUUGCAGAUAGUCGCGGAGAAAGGCAAGGUAGCAUGCAGGGACUUCCCUCACUCGCGCCAUUUAUGCUCCAAUAUGCCCUUCGGCACCACCUCUCACGAGAAGCAUUGUGCCAUGUGCUACUGUUUUGUGUGUGACGUCCCAGCUCCAUGCGGUUACUGGGGUAACGGCCUCUUGGUUGGCGAUCAUUGUCAUGCUACGGAUAAGGAAACCAAAUGGAAUAUACUGAGGCAGGAAUUCAGGUGCAAAGACCUUCCAGCGCCUCAUCGAGAAGCAGAAACUGCUGUCCACCCAACAAUGACGCCACUCGACCGCCUUUGCCUUUUUCUUGGCAAUCAGAUUCCUCUUCAGAAUGUUGUGACCCAAAACCAACACACACAUGCUUCAGUUAGAGCCUCGACGAAUGUAGAGUCAAGAGAGGGAAGUGGCACAAGCAGUGUUCACACUGCUCAAGUUGCUCGCCCACUAGCGCUAACUGUCACUGCGCCAAGAGCAUCCUCUGCAACAGAAGUUGGAAGAAGUGGUACAAGCAAUGCCCACAGUGCUCAAGCUACUUGCCUAGUACAGCCAACUCUCAGUGGAUCAAGGCCACACCCUGUGGCAGGAGCUGGAAGAGGUACAGGCAGCACUCACACAGCUCUAAUUACUCAUCCAGCAGAGCCAACUGUCAGUGCAGCAAGAGCACACUCUGCAGCAAGAACUGGAAGAGGUACAAACAAUGCUCACACUGCUCAAAUUAUUCGCCCCGUGGAGCCAACUGUGAGUGCAACGAGAGCAUACCCGACAGGAAGAACUGAAAAAGGUACAAACAAUGCUCACACUGCUCAAAUUACUCGCCCCGUGGAGCAAACUGUCAGUGCACCAAGAGUAUACCCUGCGGCAAGAGCUUCAAGCAAUGCUCAUUCUGCUCAAGUUACUUCCCCCGCCACGGCCAGUGGCUACCCGCCGGAGCAGGAUGCGCGGGAGGGGGCCACGGUGUAUGUCAGGAACCUACCCUACCACCUUGACAAUGAGGGACUCAAGCUGAACUUCCAGCAUGCCGGGGUUGUCCUGUUCUCAAAGGUCAUUUAUGACAGAGAAACAGGCCGGAGCCGUGGAUUUGGAUAUGUCAUCAUGAAUACUGUUCAGGAGGCUGAGAAGGCUGUGAGAAUCUACCAUGGCUCUGAGGUGCAUGGCAGGCGUCUGACUGUAAGUAUCGCAGCUCCUAGAGGAGGCACCCGGGUGGGCGCCACUCGCAGUCAAUCUGGUUCUCCACUCAGAAUAUUCGUAUGCAAUCUACCUAGUCAAGUGGACAACUCUCGGUUGGAGGAGCUGUUCAACAAGCAUGGCCAAGUAGUUGAUGCCAGAGUUAUCUACGAGCGGCGAGAAGGCGCCUCGUGUUCGAGGGGAUUUGGUUUUGUCACAAUGGCAACGGACGAGGAAUCGUACAAGGCGAUAGGUGCCCUCAACAAGCAGGUUCUGGAGGAACAUACCCUGGUGGUGAGGGUUGCAAGGGAACGGCCGGACAGAGUUUGCCCCUCUCUUAGCAACCAGAUUCCUCCUCAGGACGCUGUCAGUCAAAACCAACGCACACAUACGUCGGAUAGAGCCUUGCUGAAUGUAGCGCCAACGGUCAGUGCGCCAAGAGCAUACCCUGCAACAAGUGCUAGAAGUGGUACAAACAAUGCUUCCACUGCGCAAGUUACUCGCCGACUAGAUCGAACUGUCAGUUCACCAAGGCCAAGUGAAUACAGGGUGCCCCCCCCCCCCCCCCCCCCUAGUUGAUUGACCUUUGCUCUUUUACCCAAUUGUUGCUCUAUGGGUUCCAAUGCCUAUACACCAUCUCUAUGCACGCACACAAGAUUCUAGUGGUCAUAUACCCAGGAGCAGGACAUGCCAGUCCCCUCCCCUCGGAACUCUCCUGGCCCUCGAGCACCAUGCUCCCUUGCCAGUGUCCAAUCCAGCUACAUCUUCAGAAGCCAGUAUAUUUGUCCUCAGUUUCUUGUUGCCCCCGCAGAAACGUGAAUGGCCAAAUCAGUCCUGUCUGUAUCGCUCUGCUAGACAUAUACAAGGAUAUACAUGGGUCUCGAGCCUGUAAAUAGCAUCAGUACUAUCAAUGGCCCUGCAAGGAAAUGCCCAAGAACACACACUCCCAUCUGCCAAGCUUGCUGGUAAGCUGUUCAUAAUUCUAUGGAUGUUCACAUAGGGAUCUAGGAGUACCAGUCCCAGUCAGGAAGCUUGGUAUCUAAAUCUCAAAUUUGCGCUGAUACAGCAGUAGUUCCGUGCCCAACCAGUUCUAAAAUUUCAGAGCUUGAUUUGUGGUGAAGUAAGGUUCUUAACCAAUCUUGAUUUGAUAAGCGUAUUUGUGCGCUAUUUUGAGAAUGGUAUGUGGUUAUUACUGGUUGAGUAAUGUAUAGAAGAGUAAAACUGAACCCGCUGAAGGUCAUGAAACUUAAAUACUCUUACCUCGGCCUGGAACUUGCUUGGAUGCAGAAUAACAUAUGUGUAUAUGUUGAAGUGAA